GGGAGGGCGCGCUUUGCACGCCUGCUCGCUCUGCUCGCGCGGGCGGCUCGGCUUUCUCCUGCCCCACACAAUGGCUGGUGACUAACUGCUCCGAAGUGGCAUUAGCAUUUCACAAGCCGGCGGUGCCGCCACCGCGGAACCGGGUCGAGACGCUGGGGGUUUUUUGUUUUUGUUUUUUCCUCCCAUUUCUUUCGCCUUCCUUACGAACCGAUCUGGGUUUUUUUGUUGGAGAGGUUCGGAUGUACGAUGCCGGCUGGCCAGCGGCGCUUGCAUUUCCCCGAGCGCUUUCUCAGAAGGGACCCCCGAAAACCAGGAGUUUAAGGAGCUUUUUUUUUUUUCUUUCUUUCCAAUCCGGCUGUUUCUCGUGUUAGGCCUCCUCGUUAAAUUAAAAGCUAUUUUUGGAGGCCACUGAAGAUCAGUUCUGAUUUUUGUUCCUAUGUUUACUGUGGAAUGGAAAUUGGCAAAUAAAAGUGCUGCAGUUUCCAUCGGGGAGUAUUUUGUUAGCAGCUUGGGAAACCUAUUUCUUACUUCUGUGGGUUUUCGAAGUGAAUAUUUUAGUAAUUUCUAAAAAUCGCUUGUUAAAAGCGGACCUAUCACGUAAGGAUUGUGAAUAGAACAGUGGAUAUUUGUUUUCGGGAGGUGAAGUAUUAUAGACAUUUAGCACCUGAUCACUUGCUGCAAAUAUGUCAUCGACUAGGACCUCUUCUUGAACAAGAAAUUCCACAAAGUGUUCCUGGAGUACAAACUUUAUUAGGAGCUGGAAGACAGUCCUUGCUACGCACAAAUAAAAGCUGCAGGCAUGUUGUGUGGAAAGGAUCUGCUCUGGCUGCAUUGCAUUGUGGAAGACCACCAGAGUCACCGGUUAACUAUGGUAGCCCACCCAGCAUUGCGGAUACUUUAUUUUCAAGGAAGCUGAAUGGGAAAUACAGGCUUGAGCGACUUGUUCCAACUGCAGUGUACCAGCACAUGAAAAUGCAUAAAAGAAUUCUUGGACAUUUGUCGUCCGUCUACUGUGUAACUUUUGAUCGAACUGGCAGACGGAUAUUUACUGGUUCUGAUGACUGUCUUGUGAAAAUCUGGGCAACAGAUGAUGGGAGAUUAUUAGCUACUUUAAGAGGACAUGCUGCUGAAAUAUCAGACAUGGCUGUGAACUAUGAGAAUACCAUGAUAGCAGCUGGAAGUUGUGAUAAAAUGAUCCGAGUCUGGUGUCUUCGAACAUGUGCACCUUUGGCUGUUCUUCAGGGCCACAGUGCAUCUAUAACAUCACUACAGUUCUCGCCAUUGUGCAGUGGCUCAAAGAGAUAUCUAUCUUCUACUGGGGCGGAUGGCACUAUUUGUUUUUGGCUGUGGGAUGCUGGAACCCUUAAAAUAAAUCCAAGACCUGCAAAAUUUACAGAGCGUCCUCGGCCUGGAGUUCAAAUGAUCUGUUCUUCUUUUAGUGCUGGUGGAAUGUUUCUGGCCACAGGAAGCACAGAUCAUAUCAUUAGGGUUUAUUUUUUUGGAUCAGGUCAGCCAGAGAAAAUAUCAGAAUUGGAGUUUCAUACUGACAAAGUUGACAGUAUCCAGUUUUCCAACACUAGUAACAGGUUUGUAAGUGGCAGUCGUGAUGGGACAGCACGUAUUUGGCAAUUUAAACGAAGAGAGUGGAAGAGUAUUCUGUUGGAUAUGGCUACUCGUCCAGCAGGCCAAAACCUUCAAGGGAUAGAAGAUAAAAUCACAAAAAUGAAAGUAACUAUGGUAGCAUGGGAUCGACACGACAAUACAGUUAUAACUGCAGUUAAUAACAUGACUCUGAAAGUUUGGAAUUCUUACACCGGUCAACUAAUUCAUGUCCUGAUGGGUCAUGAAGAUGAGGUAUUUGUUCUUGAGCCACACCCUUUUGAUCCAAGAGUUCUCUUUUCUGCUGGUCAUGAUGGAAAUGUGAUAGUGUGGGAUCUGGCAAGAGGAGUCAAAAUUCGAUCUUAUUUCAAUAUGAUUGAAGGCCAAGGACAUGGUGCAGUAUUUGACUGCAAAUGCUCUCCUGAUGGUCAGCAUUUUGCAUGCACAGACUCUCAUGGACAUCUUUUAAUUUUUGGCUUUGGCUCCAGUAGCAAAUAUGACAAGAUAGCAGAUCAAAUGUUCUUUCAUAGUGAUUAUCGGCCCCUUAUACGUGAUGCCAACAAUUUUGUGUUAGAUGAACAGACUCAGCAAGCACCUCAUCUCAUGCCACCCCCCUUUUUGGUUGAUGUCGAUGGUAACCCUCACCCGUCAAGAUAUCAGAGAUUAGUUCCUGGUCGUGAAAAUUGCAGGGAGGAGCAGCUCAUCCCUCAGAUGGGAGUAACUUCCUCAGGGCUGAACCAGGUUUUAAGUCAGCAAGCAAAUCAGGAGAUCAGCCCACUGGACACUAUGAUUCAAAGACUACAGCAGGAGCAAGACCUGAGACGUUCUGGUGAAGCAGGUGUCAGUAAUACCAGCCGCUUAAGUAGAGGUUCUGCAAGUUCUACCUCAGAGGUACAUUCACCACCUAAUGUAGGACUAAGGCGUAGUGGACAAAUUGAAGGUGUACGGCAGAUGCAUAGUAAUGCACCAAGAAGUGAAAUAGCUACAGAGCGGGAUCUUGUAGCUUGGAGUCGCAGGGUAGUGGUACCUGAGUUAUCAGCUGGUGUAGCCAGUAGGCAGGAAGAAUGGAGAACUGCAAAGGGAGAAGAAGAAAUAAAGACUUAUAGAUCAGAAGAGAAGAGAAAACACUUCACUGUUCCAAAAGAAAAUAAAAUGCCCACUGUCUCAAAGAAUCAUGCUCAUGAGCAUUUCCUGGAUCUUGGAGAAUCCAAAAAGCAGCAGGCAAAUCAACACAAUUAUCGUACGAGAUCUGCAUUGGAAGAGACUCCUAGACCUUCAGAAGAGAUAGAAAAUGGCACCAGUUCUUCAGAUGAAGGUGAAGUUGUUGCUGUCAGUGGUGGAACCUCUGAAGAGGAAGAAAGAGCAUGGCACAGUGACGGCAGUUCUAGUGACUACUCCAGUGAUUAUUCUGACUGGACAGCAGAUGCAGGAAUUAAUCUCCAGCCACCAAAGAAAAUUCCUAAGCAUAAAACAAAGAAAGCAGAAAGCAGUUCAGAUGAAGAAGAAGAAUCUGAAAAACAGAAACAAAAACAGAUUAAAAAGGAAAGAAAAAAAGUAAAUGAAGAAAAAGAUGGACCAGUAUCACCAAAGAAAAAGAAGCCCAAAGAAAGAAAACAAAAGAGAUUGGCUGUAGGAGAACUAGCAGAAAAUGGCUUAACAUUAGAAGAAUGGUUACCUUCAACCUGGAUUACAGAUACUAUUCCUCGAAGAUGUCCAUUUGUGCCACAGAUGGGUGAUGAGGUUUAUUAUUUCCGACAAGGACAUGAAGCAUAUGUUGAAAUGGCCCGGAAAAAUAAAAUUUAUAGUAUCAAUCCCAAAAAACAGCCAUGGCAUAAAAUGGAACUACGGGAACAGGAACUGAUGAAGAUAGUUGGCAUAAAGUAUGAAGUGGGAUUGCCUACCCUUUGCUGCCUUAAACUUGCUUUUCUAGAUCCUGAUACUGGUAAACUGACUGGUGGAUCAUUUACCAUGAAGUACCAUGAUAUGCCUGAUGUUAUAGAUUUCUUAGUCUUGAGACAACAAUUUGACGAUGCAAAAUAUAGGCGGUGGAAUAUAGGUGACCGAUUCAGAUCAGUUAUAGAUGAUGCCUGGUGGUUUGGAACAAUUGAAAGCCAGGAACCUCUUCAGCCUGAGUACCCUGAUAGUUUGUUUCAGUGUUACAAUGUUUGCUGGGACAAUGGAGAUACAGAAAAGAUGAGUCCUUGGGAUAUGGAGCUUAUUCCUAAUAAUGCUGUAUUUCCUGAGGAACUAGGUACCAGUGUUCCUUUAACUGAUGUUGAAUGCCGAUCAUUGAUCUAUAAGCCUCUUGAUGGAGAAUGGGGUUCCAAUCCCAGGGAUGAAGAAUGUGAAAGAAUUGUUACAGGAAUAAACCAGUUGAUGACACUAGAUAUUGCUUCAGCAUUCGUGGCCCCUGUGGAUCUGCAAGCCUAUCCCAUGUAUUGCACUGUCGUGGCCUAUCCAACGGAUUUAAGUACAAUUAAACAGAGACUGGAAAACAGGUUUUACAGGCGGGUUUCUUCCUUAAUGUGGGAAGUUCGAUAUAUAGAGCAUAAUACGCGAACAUUUAAUGAGCCUGGAAGCCCUAUUGUGAAAUCUGCUAAAUUUGUGACUGAUCUUCUUCUACAUUUUAUAAAGGAUCAGACUUGUUAUAACAUAAUUCCGCUCUACAAUUCAAUGAAGAAGAAAGUUUUGUCUGACUCUGAGGAAGAAGAGAAAGAAGAUGCUGAUGUACCAGGAACUUCUACCCGGAAAAGGAAGGACCAUCAGCCUAGAAGAAGAUUGCGUAACAGAGCUCAGUCUUAUGAUAUUCAAGCGUGGAAGAAACAAUGUCAAGAAUUGUUAAAUCUCAUAUUUCAGUGUGAAGAUUCUGAGCCUUUCCGCCAGCCAGUAGAUCUUCUUGAAUAUCCAGAUUACAGAGACAUCAUCGACACGCCAAUGGAUUUUGCUACCGUUAGAGAGACGUUAGAGGCUGGGAAUUAUGAGUCACCCAUGGAGUUAUGUAAAGAUGUCAGGCUUAUUUUUAGUAAUUCCAAAGCAUAUACACCAAGCAAAAGAUCAAGGAUUUACAGCAUGAGUUUACGUCUAUCUGCUUUCUUUGAAGAACACAUUAGUUCUGUUUUAUCAGAUUAUAAAUCUGCCCUUCGUUUUCAUAAAAGAAAUACAAUAACCAAAAGGAGGAAGAGAAGAAACAGAAGCAGCUCUGUUUCCAGUAGUGCUGCAUCAAGCCCUGAAAGGAAAAAAAGGAUUUUAAAACCCCAGCUAAAGUCAGAUGUCACUACCUCUCUGUUCUCUGCACCUACUCGAUCGAUACCACCAAGGCACAAUGCUGCUCAGAUAAAUGGUAAAACAGAAUCCAGUUCUGUAGUUCGAACCAGAAGCAAUCGAGUGGUCAUGGAUCCAGUUAACCCUGAGCAACCAUCUACUUCCUCAGCAGCAAAGACUUUUAUUUCGAAAGCUAAUACAUCUGCAAUACCAGGGAAAACAAUUCUAGAGAAUUCUGUGAAACUUUCCAAAACCUUGAAUACUCUUUCAAGUCCUGGUCAAUCCAAUUUUAGUCAUGGCACUAGGAACAAUUCUGCAAAAGAAAACAUGGAAAAGGAAAAGCCAGCCAAACGUAAAAUGAAAUCACCUGUGCUCUCAAAGACACCCACCCUCUCCAAGUCAUCAGCCGUCGUUGAGCAAGCAGAUUGUAAAAACAAUGCUCUUGUAACCGGAAGCAUUCAAGUAAAUGGCCAUGGAGGGCAGCCUUCUAAACUUGUGAAGAGGGGACCCGGAAGGAAACCUAAGGUGGAAGUUAAUAGCAGCAGUGGUGAAGUAAUACACAAGAAGAGGGGUAGAAAGCCCAAAAAACUACAGUAUGCAAAGCCCGAAAAUUCGGAGCAAAAUAGUAUGCAUCCCAUCAGAGAUGAAGUAGUUCCUUCUUCAACCUGCAGUUUUCUUUCUGAAACUAAUAUUGUAAAGGAGGAUUUGUUACAGAAAAAGAGUCGUGGAGGCAGAAAACCCAAAAGGAAGAUGAAGACCCAGAAACUAGACUCAGAUCUCAUAGUUCCUACAAGUGUUAAAAUGCUAAGGAGAAGUAACCGUAAAAAGACUGAUGAUCCCCUGGAUGAGGAAGAAGAGUUUGAGGAGCUGAAAGGCUCUGAACCUCACAUGAGAACUAGAAACCAAGGUCGAAGGACAGCCUUCUAUAAUGAGGAUGACUCUGAAGAGGAGCAAAGGCAGCUGUUGUUUGAAGACACUUCUUUGACUUUUGGAACUUCUAGUAGAGGACGAGUCCGAAAGUUGACUGAAAAAGCAAAAGCUAAUUUAAUUGGUUGGUAACGUGCACCAAAAUAUUUUACUUCAAAAUCUAUAAAGCAGGUACAGUUAAGGAGUAUGUAGAACUAAGGCUUCUGCUUCCUUGCUGCUAUGAUGGAUUAGGGAAUGUUAUGAUUUGAUUUGCAAAAACAAACUUACAAGACACUUCACUUCUUUAAAUGAAUAUAUAUAUAUAAAUAUAUACAUAUAUAUUUUAAAUGUUUGCUAUUUAUUGCCCUUAGAUAGGUUAUGCAUUUCAACAUUCAUUUCAUUUACUGUUCAAAACAAAAGAAAUUGAGGCUCUAUAAUGAAUUUCCAAUUUGUUUCUGGAAAAGACAGUUCUGCUACACUCUUAAGGAGCAUAUUAUUCCUAGUGAUAGAGCAUUUUAUGUUAAAAUGAAUUAUUUUUGACCAAGCCAGCUACAUUUCUGUUGAUACAGAAGUCAUGCCCUUGGAGGACAGAUGUUACCAGAGUAGCAGUAAAUUAAGAAACGUGUUUCCUCUAAAGAUAGACAAUUCCCACCAUUUGAUACCCCAAAAAGUUUAAUUUUAAUUAUAGAAUGUUCAUCUACAAAGAAUCUAGAGGAGGCUUUUGCUGUAUUCCAUUUCUGCCAAACUUAAGAGAAAAUGUACUGAUGAAAAGGAAACAUAUCCACAUUGGAAAACAUUUGACUGUCUAAUUUUUCAGACCUUGAUUCUUAUAUCAAUCACUCAAUCUCUGUUUAUUGUGCCAAAGACUGAGAAUCAGUGCAGUGGAAAGCCUGUUUUUGCCUGUCAGGACAGCAUACACUUUUCAAUAUUGGAAAGGCUAUAUAUUAUUCUAAAGAGCAAGUUAUUAAAGAGUUAUGCUGAGAUGUAUCUUUUUUUGGUACUAAUAGUAGAAAAUAAUGCACUGGUGGGUCCUUUGACAGAGAUGUUUUAGAGAAAAUGUUUAAGUGGUUAAAGGAUUCAAGGAAAAUACAGGAAUAAGGUAUGCGAUUUGAUGUUUACUUGUUAAUCUGGAUUCAUGUCAUUUCUAAACGUUAGACAUAUCUAAUAGGCUAAAAUGACUUACAAAGAAAUGUGUCUGUGUGUGUAUGUGUAUAUAUUAAUAAAUGGGUAUAAUUAAAUAUAUAUACAAACACAUACUUAUAUUACCCAGGUAUAAAUUCUUUUUUCAGGAUUUUUUAGAUAGUGGUAGAAUAAAAAUAAUUUUAAAAUGUCAUACUUUAUAGUUUAAUUUUAAGGGGAAGAUUGGUUAUUUUCAACUAUUAAAGGUUAAAAUAGGCCAAAUCACUUUUUAUGCAAUCAUGUUUUAUACAGUGGUCUCAUUGCACAUUGUGUUUUUCUGCACUUUUUACGGUAUCCUUAUCACGCUGGUAUGUCAAUAUACACCCUAAAGAAAAACUCCAUUUAAUGAUUGUGCCUUGUAUUCUAUUAUUUUUUGCAUCAUUAGUAAAAUUAAGUUGUCUAUUGUAAAUGAUAACUAUAUGACUUAGGAGAAUGUAUUGCUAUAUGUACUGCUAUGGAAAAGGAAAGCAGUUAUUUAUUUGUUUAUGGUACAGUUAUUUUAUACCUUAAAAACCAACAUAAAUACCAUUUCUAUUGUUUAAAGAUUAUUGUCCAUUUUUUUAAAAGUUUAAAGAAUGUAGUAUUUUCUGAGGACUAGUAUGGUACAAAAAUGUAACCAAAACUUUUCAGAUACUACAUUUCUAAAAAGCAAGGAUGGGGAACAUAUAUGUAUCAGCAUGACCCUGAUGUAGAAAAAUAAAGUCUUUAAUUGAAGCUUGGCAAAUACAUUACAUAAUGAUUUCUUUACAUAUUUCUGGUAGGGAUCAAUGUUAGCUGUGAUUUGAUUGUCUUGAAGAAGAAUGGGAAGUGAUACAUUUGGGCUUUUUAGAUCCUUUGUAACUAAAUUUGUACAGAAAUCCUCCUGUGAAAUUAAGUAAACCAUUUUCCAGAUCUUACCUGGAUUGCUGUGAUUUUGCAAUUGAAAAAUAAUUUCAAAUUUUUCAGGUUUUUUGUAUAUUUAUUUUUUUCUAACAAAUAUAUUUAACUAUAUAAUUAAAAUUCAGUAGUUAAACUCUUCAUAAUGCAGAAAUGGAUGGCUUGGUUGUAUAGUAAAACGAGUCUCAGUUACACCAUUAUUGAAAAUAAUAGUGUGUAUGUUUGAAAUUAUAAGUCAUUAAAGUAACUUGUUGCUUUAAGGCAAUCUAUUUGAAACAUAAUUUCCUGAUGUUAUCUGCAUUGUGUUAGAAAAAAAUCCAUUUUUGUAAAAAAUACGUGUACAGUUUUAAGGUGUGUACAGAAAAAGGAAGAGCGUACACAGUCUUAAGAGUGGAAUGUACCUUUAGUAUGGUGUAUUAGUUUGAACUCUUGAGCAAAGAAAUGAGUAUUUACCAUCUUGUUGGCAACAAGUAAAUGUAUUAUUACUCCUGUGCUAAAGACACUGUAUAUUUAUGACCUUAUUUGAAUAUUAUUAGACACUGGUUUCUUAGUAAAGCAAAAACGACUUGCAUCGGAUUCUUUGUAAUUGAAACACUUAAAAGGUAUUAGUAAAUAACAAGAUAUAUCUAGAGUUUCUAUUUUUAUAAUUUAGCUUCUAUGCAUUGCAAAAGCUGAAUUGAGAAAUUUAAGUCUUCAUCAUGGUUUUGUUCUGUUUGACCACUUGGAAAAUAUCUUCUUUGAGACAGUAGCACCAUAUGUACUAUUUAUAGGUCAAAAAGGAAAUGUUGGCAGUUGUCUUAGUGAGCAAUAAAAAAAUUGAAGUUUUACUGAAAGUUUCAGAAAUAUAACUUUACAUAAAAAAUGUAAAUCAUUUUAUGUAUUUCUAAGUACCUGGCUCCAAUAUUCUCUCCUUCCACCCCAACAUUCUUGAGUCCCAAUCAAAUCUUAUAAUAUUACAAAAUGUUGCAAAUGAGCAGUUAAAACAUUCAGUCUAAUUACAGUCUCAUAACUGGGUAAUAGACAUAUAUAUAUAUAUAUAUAUAUAUAUAUAUAUAUAUAUAUAUAUAUAUAUACACCUUUUAAAAACUUUUUGCAAUCUGCUCUUACAGCAUUGGACUAUUUUGUGCUUAUAUUCAUGAACUAAAGAUUUGUUGACCUUGCUUUCACCGUUUGUAUGAUUGCUCAGCUUCACCACAAAUUUGAGGAUUCUUUGAUAGCUUUGUAACCAAAUGAUCUUUCUCCUUAAAUUUAAUGAGAAUACAUAGAUUAUUUGUGAGCUUGUUUAGGUCACAUCUGAGACAUGAAGUUUGGGUGAAUCCAGUAUCAUUUGGAAAUGAAUUACAUUAAGACACACUGAUCAGUAGAAAGAUCCUCAGCAGCAUGUAUGUUAACAUCCAGAAUGGUCCCUUAUCUGCACUGAAUGGAUUAAUCAGACAUUCAGAUAACAAUUUUAGCUUCUAUUUACAUGUUUUGAAGUGAUUUGUAAUACAGUUUCUCCAGUUUAUAGUAUUUACUUAACUCUAGCAUUCCAUUUAACACAUACAAACAAUACCUAUCUCUCAAGAGGUCAACUGGAAGCAAUUUUGAGUUUCUGUUAUCUACCUAGUGAAAACAAAUUGUUAUUCUGAAUGUUUUGUUCACCUGAAAUUUAUUUUUGAGUAGGUUGAAAGGACCAAGAUUCUCAAGCAUUUGAAGGGCUGUAAGUGUUCUCCUUAUAUGCAGGAAGUAUGACUUUAAAAGUCAUAAUAGAGGAAGUACAUUUAUGUUCUACCCCCACAUCUAGUUUUUUUUUUUUACAGGUUUAGUUAAAUUUAGGUAAAAUUUACUUUCCUAUUUAAAUCAGAAAAUAGAGCUUUUCCUCACUUCCUUCCUUGCACUUCCCCUCAUUCCCCAAUUCCAAGUGAUUUGAACUAAAUAGGACAUUUACUAAGAAGCUUAUUUUUGUUCCUAACUAUACUUAGCUAAGCACUCCAGAUGGAAAGUCACUGUGUACUGUGUACAGUACCCAAGAAGAGGUCACACUGAGUCAGAAGACUGUAAGUACCACUUUUGACGCUCCAGAUAUAAACCUUGUACACACUGUAGUAAAACAAUUAGAAACUAUUAUGAGCUAUAAAUAUAUAUUAUUUUUAGUUUUGAUAGCUCUGUGUUGCAAUACUUUGAAAAUGCAGAUAAAAUCAUCAGGAAAUUAACCUUAUAUGGCACAAACCAAAUACAUAAUAGUGGGUGGCUAUGAGUUUCUACAUUUAAGGAGCUAAGAAAAUAGGUUUGAGAUGAUAUAUCAUAUACACACCUAUGAUGCAGAGGCACACAUGCUCGUUGCUUUGAAGAUCGUGUGUGUUGAUGGAUCACAAGGAAAAGCUACAAAUUGAGACGAGAUAUGAAGUUACAUUUUUGGACCAUAUUAAAUCUGCAAGCAGAUGGGGGUCUUAAUAAAGAUCUUUUAGAAAACUGUUAAAUCCUGUCAACACAAUAUUUAGACGUGUAGAAUGUAGCUCAAUUUUUAAAAAGUAACUGACCUAGAGGGUUAAAGUUGAAACUGACACAUUUUCAAAUUAAAAUGCUUAUUUUGUACAGAAAACAAUGUUAAACACAAGCAAAUCUGUUGUAUGUAAUAAGUAACAGAGUCUAAAAACAAAUUAAUUAUUUAGCUUUAUUGAAGUUUUUGUUUUUUUUCCUUCUGGAAACCUGGAGUAUCAUGUUAUAAACGGCAGUCUCACACCAGAAUAGCAGUGCCCUUUCUUUUUGUACAUAAUGGUUGGACCUUUCUUUACUGUUAUGUGGACACUUUCUAUGUUAGUUUUGAUGCAUAAUUCUUUGAAUCCUUUUAUACAAACUAGAAUGUAUGUGUAAGAAUUCCUGUCCCUGCAAUGUAGUAACUACAAACUUAUUUUUAAAUAAAUAGAAAACUUGUUUUUCUAAGC